AACCGAUCUGAAAGUAAUCUUUAGUUCAAACAUUACUCUCCAUAUAAGAGCAAUUUCGGCUAGGGGCAAAACAAAAGAUUUCAGCGUCUCUACGAGCUCCUUGAACGAACUGCGAACAAACAUGAACUCCAAGAUUGUAUUGACUCUUUGUCUUAUGUUGGUAGCAGCAUCAGCGAUACCCCAGCUGCCUGCGGGAGCGGGAUGGGCUGCCAACCCCUGGAUUCCCCAAUGGCAACCUUGCUCGACCGUCGGUGCAUCUUGCUCAGAUUGCACGACCAAGAGCAUUUGCACGCCCAUUGGAGGAAUCACCAAGGCGUGCAGUGACCCCACCUUACCUUACUGCAACCUUGGAGAGUGCUCAGCUACACCUGCAGCGGAGUGCGCCCAGGGCCCGCAAGCUCCAGCGGCUGUUGCUUAAACUAUAUACUUCUCAAGAAGAAUCUUAAUGAUCGUGAUUGUAUUGUAAAGAUUAAAUUCAUAUAAUUAUUUACAA